CGAGAGAUAGAGAGAAUUUAAACUUACCUUAUAAGCAUAAAUUACUCAGUGGAAACAGAAACUGAGCUUAAUGGUUUCUCGACAAGAAGGAACCCUCUACUCCAGAAAGAGGGAUUUUACCAUAUGUGAGGAGGAGUUUCACAAUUUAUCCAAGAAGAGCAAACAAGAAGAUCAAUCACAGGGAAAACUUCAGAGCAGUCUGUUCAAUGAACGACCAAAACCAGAGAGUAUGAGAUCAGUUACCUUUGAUUUUGAACUUCAUCUCCACACUUCUAUAGAGGCUAAGGGAUAUUCGGGAGCAUAUGAGGAUCAUAGGACAUACACCAAAGAUCCGGUGAAUGUUGGACGACCUAAGAUAAGCCUAGACUUAGAGCUGAACCUUUCACCUUCUUACUCACCUUCACAAACCACAACGGAGACUGUGUCAUCAUCAAAGGGUAAAGACUGGACAAGACCGAGUAAGAAGGCAACAAUUGGGAGAGGAUUAAACCGAUCACUGUCUUGGCUUGCUUUCGAAGGUGGUGAUGAUGAUCACAAGGAGCAAGAGAUGGUAACAAAAGUGUGCAUGAAAUGCCAUAUGCUGGUUAUGCUGUGCACAUCAACUCCUGUUUGUCCUAACUGCAAGUUCUUGUACCCACAUGAUCACAGCUCUACAAAACUGUUUAGACCAUCAAAUUUACUGAGACUCAUGUGUUAGGCUCCUCAGGGGUUACUGGAUCUAUAAUAUGUGUACGGAAUAAUAUGAGGCAGAGACUAUGUAUAUAUACUACAAGUACCAAACAUUUUACUAUUAUGCUUUGUAUGAAAAAUAUUUCAUCUGUUUGUUCUUGGUUUAGAUCUGCAUUGAAUUGUACUUGAGAUAUCACGCACACGGAAUGUUACAUGUCUAUUAGAUUUGCAAACUAAACAUUUAUUGAUAUUUGACUAUACAGUAUGUAAU